GUAUGACUCACACUGGUACAACGUAGCAGGUCGUUCAGUCAGGUGUGUUUACCUGUUAGUUCAACACUAUUGUGAAAUGAAAGGUGCGCUUUAACAUUCCUGUGUUGUCUUAGGAAAUGAAGAACAUUUCUACGUGAAAUUUAAAAUGUUGUGCCAAGUGCCGUUCGUUUUCUUAUUUAUUUUCAUGAGCAAAUUAUGGACCUCAAAUUGUGCCAUAACUAUCGACGGUGUUCAAUGCGGCCAAAGAAAAUGUGACCUAGGUGAUUACUGUUCGGUACAUGACGGAACUUGCAAACCAUGUGUUUCAAUAUGCGCCCAAGAUCACCACAAUUUCGAAGAGAUGGAAUGCAAUAGAAAUUGCCAAGAUUAUCUACAUAACCUCAGAUAUUCACAGAAAAACGGGACUGGUGUAUCAGGAAGUGAAAUAGAAAAACUGAAAGAACAAGUGCGGACCCUCUCAUAUAUGAUAACAACAACCUUAGUUCUCGUAUGUUUCAUGCUGUUUGUGUUGGUAGUUGCUGUAAGCUUCCAAUUAUACAGAUGGAAAGUUAAAAAAAACAUCAGUCUCAAGAAUCUGAAGUCCAAACUUUUCAAGAAAAGUGAGGCACCUGCAGAAUUACAAAUGGAGGAUCCUUCCAAUAAUAAAAAACCUGAUUUACGUUUAGACAUCACUAACAUGUCUUCAGUUUCCGAUCAUAGCCCUGUAACUGCAAUGACAUCGGUGAAUACGAGAAGGCCAGCUGAAGAUACUGCCUUGGAUUACGCUUAUGACAAUCAUGCAAUGACUUCUAGUUCCCGUUGAAACAUAUCAUUUCUAGUGGUAAAUUGAAAUAUCAUUGAAUGAACAUUUUUUAGUAGAAAUAUUGUAAAAUUUGAGGAUCGAGAAAUAUCUUCGGUUACUGAUGGUCAAUUGAAAUAAUCAGAAUGGCUUUAUUUGUUAUUUCAAUUUUACUCGAUCUUACAGAUAAUAUAAACUGCAUUAUUUCAAAUGGAAGUUUCUAGAAUGAAAUAUUAGGAUCUUCGUUAAAUAUUUAUAGUAUGCAAAAUAUUUCCAACUAUUCCAUUGCAUCAAGUUUAUCAGAUCCUCUUCUCUAUAUCAAAGAAUCUGCCAUUAUUAUGCAAAAUAUGAACCAUGUCAGGAGGAAAACGGCAAUUAAUUCCAAACUCUGUAGUCCAAUGUAGUAAAAACUAACUCACAUCACAUGCUACGGCAAUUAUUAUUUUUCUUGGUUUUUGGCUGAGUAGUAUUUCUUUGAAAGGGUCAUGUUGACGGAUACCUAUAUUUCUAUUUGAGAGUUACAAAAAUACUCUGGCCCAUUGAACUCUAAAAGAAGAAGAAUUCAAUGCUCUGACCAUACUUUCAGGCCAAGUACUUAUAUGUUAGUUAUAGUAAUGUGUGCGCAUAUUCCAUAUGGUAUUUUAGUCACUUUUCCUAUCGAAAUCUGCCUAUUGUGUGAAUAAUCUGUGAAAGAGAACAAAAAUAUUUAUCAGUUUUUGUAUAACUUCAAACUAAAAGAUCAGAUUUCAAUUAACAUCAUGGCCUCACUGAAAUUUUUGCGGGGCGUCCAAUUUAAUUCAGCUCAAAUAUGAUUGGAAUCAAUUCAUUUCCUCUCAAAAAACUAAUUUUUGUACUUAAAAUUGGACUCUGUUAAUUUACUAUCAACCAUUUACCAUUACGACUAUUCUAUUCCGUUAAUAUUUUAAUAUUUAUUUACAGGAAUAAUUAGAAUUUAAAGAGAUAGGUACGAAUAGAAAUUACUGUCUUGAAAUUCAAGGUUUAAUAUUCUGUAACAGUAUUUUUCUGAUUCGAAUUUUGUAAAAUAGAUAUGGGAAACCGUUCUUGAUUAUAACAUCAUUUUGUGUCUAUUAUUAUAUGAGAUUAUUUGAAAAUGAUUCUCGUUCUUUUUAAUUUAGGUACCUAUGUGAAUAUUAUAAUAGGAUCGUUCGUAGAGUGGUUCACAACUGUGCCGAGCAAUUAAGCUCAAAUGGAUUUUCUUUACCCUAAAAUGGAAUUGCUCUUGCUCUGUUCAGUUCACAACCGUUGCAAACCACUCUACGAACAAACCUUAUAAACAGUAGUAUAAUACCUCUAUUGUGAUAAUAAUCAUUAUGAUUAUAACAAUCAUAAGAUCUGUACGAGUUGCGGUUUAUUGAAAUUUCUCAUAAUAAAACUAUUUUUACCCUA